AGUAUCUGUCAAAUUCCAGUAUAAUUUCAAGUUCAAUUUAAUAUUCUAUUUUUGCGAGUGCGACUUUCCAGAUUUACCUAUUUGGUAUUGGUUGUUUUACUUUUAGGUACCAUAAUACUACUACGUAAUAAUUAAUAUCUCAUUAUUCAUCUAUUGAAUGCAUAGAAAGUAGAAACGUUAGUUUUCCAUGAUUGAAUGCAUGUUGCGAGCUUCUGGUAUUUGUAUCACACUUGACUUUUGUUUUUAUCAGCAGAGUUUGUUAUCAUCUUUUUUUUCUCAACAGUCAACAACUUUAUCUGUUUGAUGUAUAAUUAUUUCGUAUUUCUGUUCUGUUUAACUGAUAGGGAAUUCAGACUGAAGUUUGUAGCGUAACAGCAAUUUAAUUGAACAUUAUUUUAAUUGGUUUAAGAAGAUACCCUACCUACUACCUACUUAUAAUGGCAGCUUCUUCGGAACUUCAGAGCCUAGACUUAUUGAUAUCCAAGAACUUGUCUGAUGUUGAAUUACAAGAAUACAAUCGAAUUCACUAUGGGCGCACCCACCAUCACGAACUGAAUAUAAAGGAAAGUAGCCAAGAAUCUGCGAAGGAAAAUGGUUUUGAAAUUGCUUCCUAUGACUUUCCGACCAAGAAAGAAGAAACUAGGAGUCCACGUAUAGUAAGAGUUGGUGUUAUUCAACAUACGAUUGCGACAUCCACUGAUAAACCAAUAGUGGAACAGAGACAAGCUAUUUUUGAAAAAAUUCGCAAAAUUAUAGAAGCAGCUGGAGAGGAAGGUGUAAAUGUACUUUGCUUACAAGAAGCAUGGAACAUGCCAUUUGCUUUUUGCACAAGGGAGAAGCAGCCUUGGUGUGAAUUUGCUGAAUCUGCUAUAAAUGGGCCAAGCACUCAGUUCCUAAAAGAUUUAGCUAUCAAAUAUGGCAUGGUCAUUGUAUCACCAAUCCUAGAACGAGAUGAAGUGCAUGGAGAUACUAUCUGGAACACUGCUGUAGUUAUCAACGAAGUAGGCAAGGUAAUUGGAAAGCAUCGCAAGAACCACAUUCCCCGUGUUGGAGAUUUUAAUGAAUCUACUUACUACUUUGAGGGGAAUACUGGUCAUCCAGUGUUUGAUACAAAAUAUGGCAAGAUAGCUGUUAACAUUUGUUAUGGCCGUCACCAUCCACUGAACUGGCUCAUGUUUGGAGUAAAUGGAGCUGAAAUUGUGUUUAACCCUUCAGCUACUGUGGCAGGAUUGAGUGAACACCUGUGGGCUGUUGAAGCUAGGAAUGCUGCUAUAGCUAACAGCUAUUUUACAUUUGCUAUCAAUAGAGUAGGAACUGAAUCAUUCCCUAAUGAAUUUACAUCUGGAGAUGGUAAACCAGCCCAUAAAGAAUUUGGACAUUUCUAUGGAUCAAGUUACUGCACUGCUCCUGAUGGUGCCAGAACUCCAUCUUUGUCCAGAGUGAAGGAUGGCUUGCUGAUAAGCCAAAUAGAUCUCAAUCUAUGCAGACAGAUCAAGGAUAAAUGGGGCUUCACAAUGACCCAGCGCCUUGAUUUGUAUGCUGAUAGCCUCAAUAAAGCUGUCAAGCAUGAUUUUGUACCUCAAGUUGUUUCCAACAACUAAUGCUAUACACAAAUAGCUUUUGUGUUGUUUGCUUAUAAAUGGUGCUAAUCUGUUUAUUGUUUUUGCAAUCUUUAUGUAAUGUAAGCUAAAAUGCAUAUUAUAAUUAUUAUACUGUUUAUCACAAAUUGUUAUUUUAAAUGUUGUUGUUAUCUAGUAGUCU